GGGAAGUACCUAGGCGAGCCUGUCUUUGCAGCAGCUCAGCCCCGCCGCCGCGCUCUCGGCCGUCGCCCGUGCGCCCACCGAGCCAUGCUGAGGAGCUGCGCCCCGCGCCUGCGCACGCUCGGGGCCCUGCGCGGCCUCACGGGAGGCGCGCGCCCGGCGGUGGGAGACGCGGGACCCGCCCUGAGGUUGUUUUCUUCUGAGAAAUUCAUUGAUAAGGACCGUUCUCUCCCCAAUCCCAGCUGGAGCAAGGAAAUAAGACUCCUGUUUGACCAGUUCAUGAAGAAAUGUGAAGAUGGCUCCUGGAAGCGUGUGCCUUCGUAUAGAUAUAUAUCUCCUCAAGAUUCAAAGCCUACAAAAGAAGAAGGACAAAUGUCACGGGCCCGGAUCUUCUCCAGAAGCUAUGAUGAUGGGCUGGGCUUUGAAUUUGUGAUGUUCCAUAAUGAUGUUGAGAAAAGGACAGUUUGCUUCUUUCAAGGAGGUCCUCACCUACAAGGACCAUCUGGAUUGCUUCACGGAGGUGCCCUUGCAACCAUGAUUGAUGUUACUGGUGGUGUGACUGCAGUUAUGACUGGGGAAUCUGUCAUGACUGCCAAUCUCAACAUCAAUUUUAAAAGACCUAUCCCCCUUGGUUCUGUUAUUGUGAUAAAUAGCCAAAUUGAUAAAGUUGAAGGAAGGAAAUUUUUUGUUUCCUGUGAUGUUCGAAGUGUUGAUGAGAAGACCCUAUACUCAAAUGCAACAGGCUUAUUUAUAAGUCUGGAUCCUGAAAAAAAGUAGACAUAAAAGAGCUUCUGGUGAAUUCCACACCAAUCUGCGUAAGGUUCCCCCUCCUCCAGAAGAAGCUGUUGUCCCCAGUGCUGCUCUGCUCACCCCCCAUCGAGCCUCCCACAGGGUGACGCCCACUAACGCUGACCUUAAGCAAGUCUUCCGAAUGCAACUCCAGGAGCUCUCCUUCCACCUUCUAGACUUUAUAACACAGAAACCCUCUUGGUGAGAGUAUUAGCAAUUCUUUCUGUCUCCUUAGGAUAAGUGUCUGGUUCUUCUAAAAUUUGAAUGGGUUCAACAUUUGCACAAGUGUGAUCUCUACCCCGUUGCAGAUUGGAGAAAAAAUUCAUAUUGAAACUUUUACCACAAAUUUGGAAAUGCCAGAAAACCACACAAAGGAAUAAACAUGUGGGUGCCUA